GCAGGCAGUGUGGGGCUGAAGCUCAGGGGUGGUGGGGCUGUGCUGGGGGAAUCAGUGUGUGUGCGGAUGGGCACCUGGGUCCUUCUGCACAUGGAGCACGUCCUCCUGGGCUGGGUGCUGCUGCUUGGCGCCUUGGCCAGCGUGUUGGCCACCAGCAGCAAGAGAGACCUGGGCCCAGUCAAGGAGGUGGCGAUGAACAUGGCCAACACCACCUUUGAUGACCAGUACCAGGGCUGCAGACGCAUGAUGGAGGAUGAGCUGGAGGAGCUGAACCGCACCGAGUUCACCAACGAGGUCUAUGCUGAGGGCUGGAGAAAUGCUGCCAUGGAGUGGCGAAAUCGAUGGGGUCGUGCCGACCGCCCACCGGCACUGAGACGGGAUCAGGCCACAGCCAUGCUGGCGUACACGAUGGAGGGGAAACUGUACCACCAGUUCAACACAGCCACGAGGGAGGAUGGCAUCUCCCGGCAGCACUACCUGCGCUCCUUCCCCUUCAAGACGCUGCAUUUCCUCCUGAGCAGAGCCCUGCAGACCCUGCGGGAAUCCCAGCCCCAGCGAUGCCACCACGUCUACCGCGGUGUCAGGGGCACCCGAUUCACAGCACAGCAGGGCAGGGUGGUCCGCUUCGGCCAGUUCACCUCCUCCUCCCUGCGGAAGAAGGUCGCUGAAUCUUUUGGCCAAGACACCUUCUUCUCAGUGGAGACCUGCUACGGCGUGCCCAUCAAGGAAUUCUCCACUUUCCCCGGUGAGGAUGAAGUCCUCAUCCCACCCUUUGAGCAAUUCAGGGUCACCAACAUCACCUACAAUGAGGGAAGAACCUCCAUCCAGCUCCGCUCCCAGGGGAUGAACAGCACCUACAACUGCGAGUUCGUGAAGGAGAAAAGGUGCAAGGAGCGGCCGUGUGCUUUCAUUGCAGGCAGGAGCAGCCCCAUGGAACCCCCACACCUCUGCGUGCUCCUCCUGGCAGCCGCAGCCCUGGCAGCCCUGGGGGAGCCCUGAGCUGCACCCCGCACUGCUGCCAUCCCUUGGAUCCGAACGCCUCUCCGUGACAUUCCCAUCAGCACUGCUGGCCCCACAUCCUGCUCGAGCUUCUCACCAAAGCUUGUGCCACUGCCGCGACGGCUGCUGAAGACUGAGCAGAUCUUUGCUUGCAGGUCCCGCCGUGCUCACCUCCACGGUGAGGUCACCUCCAAGCACCAAGCUGUGCUGCACGACCAGGCUGCCUUGCCCCCUCCCUGGAACGCAGCCCAUGGGACCUGCACAGCAGGGUGUAGAGCAGCUCCCUACCCCUACUACUUGCUACCCCCCGACCCCACUGUGGUCCCACUCCUCCCCUUCCCCUGCAGAACCCCGUGGCUUUGCAGAGCUCUAAGUUCCUCCAGCUCCCCUUGCUCCCAAAUAUCCACAAGUUCCCCAACAGCAGAGAUGUUCCCUCCAUGAGAGCCCUGCCGGCAGCCCGCACCCUCCUCGAGUUUCAAGUUGUAGGUGCUGUUUUUGCACUGGGAGUGGAGAUGGACAAAGGCUUUUCCCUUACUUUUUUAUGGUGACCUCCGUGGUCUCAAAGGGUGCAAAGAGGACUUCUCUGUCCUCAUCAGGGUGGAAGGAGGAGUCUUUGAUGGGGACAGCAUGGCAGGGCUCCACGCAGAAGAAGGUGUCCAGGCCAAAGGACUCAUCGACCUUCUUCUGGAGGCUGGAGGAGGGGAACUGGACAACGUGGACCAUUGCUGUGCCAUGAAGUGGGUGUUCCUGAUGCUGGAGUAGAUGUGGUGGCAGCGUUGGGCUGGGAUUCCCACAAGGUCUGGCUCAGGAGGACGUGCGGUGUCGUGGAGAGGAAGGGAAACCCACAUUGGCCCUUUUGGUGCCCGAUGUGGGAUCUGGAGGGCUGAGAUAAGGGCAGAGCUGGCCAGAGCCUGUUUGAGCAGUCAGAAAUCCUCAUCCCACCCUUUGAGUACGUUCAGGUCAGCAACUUCAGCCACGUCAAAAGCAGAGCCCUCAUCCAUCUCCAUUCCCAGGAGAAGAGCAGCAGCUCCAACUGCGAGCUUGUGAAGGGUAAGGGCUGCUGGCGGGGUGGCCAACAGGGGCUGGGGCACAGCCCCGGGCAGCUCUGUGCUCCCUGCACUCUUCCAGCCACGGCUGGAGAGGAUCAGGGGACAGACUGUGUGGCCCCAUCCCCCUGGCAACAUCAUGGUGGAGUCAUGGAAAGGUUUGGGUUGGAACGGACUCUAAAACCCAUCCAAUCCCCACCCCUGCCAUGGGCUGGGUGCCCCCACCUGCUCAGGCUGCCCAGGAUCCCAUCCAUGACCUUGGGCACCUCCAGGGAUGGGGCACCCAUGGCUUCCUUAAGCACCCUGCUCCAGGGCUUCACCACAGGUCCUCUGAGUGAAGAUUUUCCCUCUACUAUCUAUUCUAUAUCUCCAUUUCAUUAUUAUUAUUCUUUAUAUUGAACCUUUCCCAUUGUCCUAUCAUACUCAGCCCACAUGAAAGGGCAGAGUCCCUCUUGCUUCUAAGAUCUCAUCCAGUAAUGGAAAGCUGCAAUGAGGUCCCAUCAUACAAUCACUGAAUAUCCCAAGUAGGAAGGGACCCAUCACCGUCAUCGAGUCCAACUCCUGGCUCCACACAGGACUGCCCCAAAAUGAGACCAUAUGACCGAGGGCAUUACCCACACUCUUCUCAAGCUCCAGCAAACACAACGCCAUCACCACUGCCCUGCACAACCCUCUCCAUUGCAAUUUGCUGUCUUCCUGUGAAGCUAGAUGCACUAAGACUUUCUAUGCACAGUAAUAAUGAUCCCAGUGAAAAACA